AAUUUCGCGGGAGAUGAUCACAAAUCUAUACUGAGUUUUUCGGCCACUUUUAUUACAUUCUGUCUAAUUAUCUAGACAUGAUCUGCAUCAUACUUGUUGCGGGACACGGAAUUCUCCUGGAAAAAGAAAUUAAGAAAGACUCAUCAAACCGAUACACAAACCUCCAGGGGGUCCCAAAGGCCCUGCUCCCCGGGGUGGGGGGCAAGAAGAUCCUGACGUUCUGGUGGGAUGCGCUCAACACGAGGCAGCUGUUCAGUGAUGUGUACCUGGUGACAAAUGCAGACAAGUACAAGCAUUUUGAGCGUUGGGCGACAGCUCAUGACUUCCCAGUGGAAAAUAUCGUCAACGACGGCUCGACAACAUUUGAGACGCGACUUGGCUCUGUGGCAGACUUCGAGCUUGUCCUACGCAACAAACGUGUCAAUGAUGAUGUCAUGGUGGUAGCAGGAGACAUGCUGUUCCAAGAUCAGAAGUUUGACCUCUCUCAAGUUUUAGACUACUUCAAACUGAAGGAAGGAGAACUGGCGAUCUACUAUGAAAUGGAACCAUCAGAGAGAACAGAGUCAAGAGGGAUUGUAGAGGUGGAGAAAACAACCAACAGAAUCUCCAAGUUUCUUGAGAAGCCCGCGGCUGAUCAGACAUCUUCCCGUCUUGCCAGCGUCGUCUUCUACUGCUUCAGAAGGAAAACCCUGGAAACUAUCCCACAGUUUCUUGAACAACACCCAGAUGUCAACAGUCGAGUGUUUGGGCAGUACAUGAGCUGGCUUGUGAAUGAAACGAUCCCAGUCUACGGUAUGAAGCUGCCGACAGGCUUCCAGCUGAUUGGUCAAGUUGGACUGGCCGACUAUGAGAAGUGGCUGAGCUUCUUCUCCAGUAAGCAGUACGAUCAGGCAGCACGGAAGGCCAUCACUGCAAGGGCGUACGCUAGGAUCGGUCUGAUUGGCAACCCAUCUGAUGGUUUCUACGGCAAGACGAUCUCCAUGACGAUAGCAAACUUCUGGGCGGAGGUGACGAUCUCGGAGAGCGAGCGCGUUGUGCUGACCCCUAACCCCUUGUGUGACCCCACACAGUUUGGAAGUCUCAGCGACCUCCACUGUCAGAGUAGGAAGGAGGGCUAUCUCGGUGGUUUGCGUCUAAUCCAGGCCACAUGUAAGAAGUUCUAUCAGUACUGCUCGACACGAGGCAUCGCGCUCGCCAAGCGGAACUUCACGCUGAAAUACGACACCAACAUUCCACGGCAGGUCGGCCUGGCGGGCAGCAGUGCUAUCGUCACGGCAACGCUUAAGUGCCUGAUGCAGUUCUUCAACCUCACAGACAAGGAUCUACCAAAGCCGAUCCAGCCCCAGUUCAUCCUGGAUGUGGAACAGGAGGAACUGUUCAUCACUGCAGGACUGCAGGACAGAGUUGUGCAGGUUUAUGAAGGUCUGGUGUACAUGGACUUCAGCAAGGACAUCAUGGAGGCUGAAGGUCAUGGCCGAUAUGAGUGGCUUGACCUGUCCCGAGCUCCGCCCCUAUGGUUGGCUUACCUCAGUGACCCCAGCGACUCAGGUCGUUUCCAUAGCAAUGUCAGACAAAGGUUUAAUAAUGGUGACAAGGAAGUUUUAGAGGCUAUGAAGACCUUUGCUGACUACACAGACCAGGCCAGGGUUUCACUAGAAGCAGGGGAUGCUGUGAAACUGGCUGAGCUCAUGAACAUGAACUUUGACCUAAGAAGAAGAAUCUAUGGUGAUGCAGCUGUGGGGCAGAAAAACCUGCAGAUGGUGGAGAUAGCUAGACAGCAUGGUUCAGCUGUGAAGUUCUGUGGCAGUGGAGGGGCUGUGGUAGGCUUGUGCCCUGACCAAAACAACCUGGUCCAGAUGAAGAGGCAGCUUCAGGAGGAGGGUUUCGUAGUCUGUGACAUCAUUCCUUAUGGCAGCACCCCUAAUGGCAAUAAUGGUACAGGCCUGUUGCCCGGCAACCCAGCAUUCUUGGAGGACCUUUUUGACAGUGGUUAAAAGAGUCAGGAAAUGAUUACAAAAUAACAUUGACUUCCUUUUCUGCAAUGAUGGUUUUCAGGAAACAACUUGUCAUUGACUUGAAUGCCUUUGUAUAUGAAUGAAUUAACUCUUAUUUAUACAACUAGAAAUACUGUGUCCAGCAAAAUGAGGGAUAUAUGUAAUAAAUUGAGAUUUGAUGAAGCCACGUUACCAUUGAACAUACAAAAACAGACACAUUAUAUAUGUACAGUGAAUAUUCAUGUUGAAUGUAGAGAAAGGAGAAGUUACAAGGAUCUGGCUCAAACUCUCUUUUCCGUUGUUUAGUACAUUUUUAAAUUAGUACACGAUGUGAGAAAGAGAUACACUAACAGUUAGUAGAAAGAUAUUGCAAGAACAGGUGCAAAAUAUAUGUACAGGUACCCGUACAUAAGGACCACUGCUUUUACCAGAAAACCUCUUAGCUCCUUCGUAAGUCUGCAAAGUAUAUUUUUAUACAGGGAGUUUCAAGGAUUUUUAUUUUUUUCACAUUGUGAUAUUACUCUCCAAAAUGGCAUUAAUUGCAGUCUUCAUUUUGUAUACAUAGGUUGGAUAUUGAAAUCAUGUCAUUGAUAUUUACAAAAUUAUCAAAACUUUUCAUGAAUGCACUCAGUCUCGCUGACAUGAAUGUAUAUAUACUGGUAACCUUAUUAUGCUAUCUACAGUGAGAUUUUGUAGCAAAUUGCGGUAAUUCUUUUUUAAUACAAGUGUAGAUUAGGUAUACUUUGUAAAAUAUAAUACACACUGUUGCACAAUCUUGUAAUUGUUCCUACAAAAGUAUCACAGUUACUGUACAAUGAUCAUUGAAAUAUAAAAUGACAAUAUCUUACAUUAGAUUCUCUUAAAUUUUCACAAACUUUUUUCUCAGACUUGGUUGUUGAAAAAUACAAUGAACAGUCUUACUUGAAUUACAAAGUCUUCAAUUUGCUAAAAUCACCCCAGGCCUGUCAAAAGGUUACAGUUCAUUAAAAUGGAUUGUACUGCUUGAUGCAUGCAACUGUCAACAUUAUACUGCAUCUAUUGUAUUUAUAUUUUUUGUAAAAGUAUUUUUUAAAAUGAUUUUCCUUAGUCUGAGUAAUACGCUGAUUAUUACAAACAGAAUUUCCUAUGUACAGGUGCAAACAAUUGACCAACACCACCAAUAAAAGCUUACCAUAACAAUUCA